AUGAAACCCAAUAUUUUGAGGAAUGCAUGGGUGCAAUUAAAAAAAUUUGGUCUCGACUACGAUGACUUUCCGACCAUGGUGGACAAUCUUGGUCUUUUGUUAUGGCUUUUGACAAUAAACAUCCAAAAAAAAUGGACUCAAAGUGUACAUAUUAUAUUCUACAUUUUAUCUACAAUAGGCGUUAUUACCUAUUUAUAUGUGCAUGGUUUCUCUAUGAUUUGGCUGGUAUGCUUCCGUUAUGGUAAAAAGGAAAUAGAGGCGACGUGUGUCGUCCUUGCUUUGAGUGCUUGCAGUAUCACUAGUGUCACAAAGUUGGCUUUCAUGAAAUUAUAUGCGAAAGAAAUCAAGAUUACAAUUCAAAGAUAUUUAAAAUGCGACUCUCAAGUAAUACCUGAUACAAGAUUUGCCAAAAAUCUCCGCAAGAACCUUAGAGCCGUGAAGAAACGAUCCUUAAUUAUUUGGAUUUCUCUCGUGACAAACGCCUUUGCAUACCUUGCUAGACCAUUAAUCACUCCUGGAAGACAUUUUUCUGUCGAAUUGAUGCUACUCUAUGGACUAGAACCAAUGUUCGAAUCGCCUAAUUAUGAAAUAUGUACAUUCAUCUUAACCACCGGCAUUGGGUUUGGCGUCUACGCUUUAGUCGGUAUUGCUGUAUACGUUUUGAUUACUGUAGGUUACAACGAGGCUCAGAUGUAUGCCCUCAGUGAUGAACUGAAACAUGUAUGGGAUGAUAGUCGCAACUUCUACAAUCAUAUCAAACAUAGAAUAAGUGAUAAGAGACGGGCAGUAUACAUAAAACAAGAGACAAUGAAUGAGUUUAUUAGAAUACGACUAAGAGAUAUCGCAAAAUUUCAUGUUGCCAAUAUUAAUCUCUUACGUCAUUUAGACGCUGAGCUAAGGCCUACAUUGGCUCUUGAAUAUUCUAUUUUGGCAUGUGCUAUUACUACUGAGUUACUUGGUGGUCUAGAACACACGUAUCUUACGGUACCGUAUACAGUCGUCCAAAUAACAAUAGACUGUCUUGCUGGACAGAGGCUGAUAGAUGCGUGCGAUGAAUUGGAAAGAUCAUUAUACUCCUGUCAGUGGGAAAAUUUUAACGUUAGCAACCAAAGGACAGUACUAUUGAUGCUGAUGAUGUCGCAGAAAACUCUGAUGCUAUCAGCUGGUGGCGUCACAAAAUUGAAUUUCAAUUGCUUGAUGGUCAUACUAAAAACAAGUUACUCUACAUAUACCACAUUGAAAUCAACUAUGAAGAAAAACGCUUAGUAUUAAGAAUUGUUAAUUAUAAAUUUGCUUUCUAAUUUUGAUUUAUGUCUCUGAAUAAACUAAUUUGUAGUUUUA